UAAAUUUUCUAAGUACGAAGGGAAAUUAAUUUGAAGAGUUCCAAUAGUUUUCGCAACAGUAUUCCAAAAGUUAUAAAAAUAAUCCCAAUGAUUAAAAGCGAUCCGAUUAAUAAUUAAAAAUUUAUUUGUCUUUAAAGAGACCUGCGUAAAUAAAUCAGAACUAAUCAAAACUAUCAGAACUUAACUUCAUUCCCUUAUUAUAGAAUUAUGUAAAUUAUAGGUAAAGCAAAUCUCAUAGGUGUAUGAAUAUUAUUGAAUCAGUAUAAAAAUUUGAACUCAAAUUGUUUUAUCUUCCUGCAAUAAAAUCAAAGUUUAUCAAUCAAAUCAAUUUUUUAUACAACACAAUUUUCUUAAAGAGACACUUGUGUAAAGGCGUAGCGUGGUACAGUACAUAGCGCACUAAUCUACAAAACUGAAGAACAAUUUUAAUGCCAUUUACAAUGAGUGUAAUUCUUGUGUUGUUAAAAACAAUGUCUAAAAUACUUGGAAUAAACUAUUGCGCGCUAUGUAAUCUUUGUAGGCAUUCACAUUUAUGCAUUAAGUUUCAUUUUUACAGAAUGUUUAUUCACCAAGUACAUUUGUAUUGAAUUACACAAGUAUUGAAUUAUUUUCGACAAAGACUUAAAUUUAGUGUAUACCAUGAAAAAAGAAUACCGAUUUGUUAUUGCGUGAUUGAUAGUUAUUGAAAAAACAUUGUCAUUCGCGUGGUGUCAUUCGUGUGUCACUUCGUGUAUCUCAUUUUCCUGUGUAACUUGCGACAGGCAUUAGAACGUUACUAGAACUUCCUCCCUUACUUUUGUAGCACGCUUUGACGAAAGCAAAGCCUCCUAUUUAUGUACUUCUAACAAAACAUUCCAAAAAAGUCGUAAAAGAUUCAAUUCGGUCUAAGGGUGCGUUUUCACUUGACGCUGUGACGCUGGCUUUUAGCGUCAUAUCGCCGCAACAUCGUAGCGUCAAUGAAAACUGAUUGACGUUAACGUCUGGCGUCAAAACGGAAUAACCUUUCAUCAAGUUGUUCUUAAAAGUAAUAACGUGUCUAAGUUAACAGAUCUUAAUUUCAUUUAAAAAAUGUUAUGUAAUCAAUGAUACUACGAAUGGCAAAGAGAAUGCUUAAAAAUAAUAAAUUUAAAAAGACGAUUAAAGAAAAAAAAACGUCAAAUGAUUUGUAUAGCAGUGAUUCAUGAAUUGGAAAAAAUGGAGAAAAGACAAUAUACCAAAAAACGUUAUUGGGUUGCACCAUUAUUUAAAAAUAGAAAAAUGCAUGGUUUUUACCAUGCAAUAUUUCCUAAUAUUAUUUUGGAAGACAGCACAUUUAGAAAUUAUUUUAGAAUGACUGCUAUACAGUUAGAAGAAUUGCUACAAAUAGUAGGACCUUCUUUGAGUAAACAGAUAACUUCCUUUCGUGAGCCAAUAUCCGCUCCUGAACGUUUGUGUUUAACAUUAAGAUAUUUAGCUGCUGGUGAUUCUAUGAAAUCAAUAUCAUAUCAAUAUCUAAUUGGUGUAACAACGGUUUCUAACAUUAUUAGCGAUACAUGUAAUGUCAUUUGGAAUUGUAUUCACGAGGAAGUCCUUCCAUCUACUUUGAGUCAAGGAGAUUGGUUACGCAUAGCAGAUGAAUUUGAGGAAAAAUGGAACUUCCCUCAUUGCAUAGGUGCUAUUGAUGGAAAGCAUGUAGUAAUACAAUGUCCUAAUAAUGCAGGUUCUUCAUAUUAUAAUUACAAGAAUUCUCACAGCAUAGUACUUCUGGCAAUAUGUGAUGCAAAUUAUAUGUUUACUUUUGUGGACAUUGGAGCAUAUGGUCGACGUAGUGAUGGUGGCAUUUUUCGAUCUUCUUUAAUGGGACAAAAAUUUCAUAAUGAGGAAAUGAAUUUACCAGAACCACAAGCUAUAUUAGCUGAUGAAAUACCUCUACCAUUCGUAAUUGUGGGUGAUGAAGCUUUUCCGUUAUCAGAAUAUUUAAGAACGAAAAAUUUACAACUAUCGGCUGAGUAGAGCAAGAAGAAUGAUCGAAAGUUCUUUUGGAAUUUUAGCCAAUGGCGGAUAUUAAGGCGUCCCAUUGACACUACAGUUGAUACAUGUAUGAAAAUUGUUCAGGCCAUUAUCUGUUUACACAAUUGGCUGCGAAUUAAAGAUAUUGAUCAUAACGAAUAUAUACCAUCCAAUCUAAUUGAUCAAGACAAUUCAUACAGUUUUAUAUCUGAUACUUUGAGCUCAGAUAUAACUGAUGAAGGUGCUUUGCGAAAUAUAACUCAAUGUGGUUUUAAUUUAGGUUCACGUAAAGCCAUGAUGAUAAGAGAUACAUUUUGUCACUAUUUUAAUAGCGAAGGAGCAGUUCCCUGGCAAUUCGAGCACUGUUAAAAUAUUAAUAAUAAAAAAAU